UGAAGCCCGGCGCGGGGUAUAAAAGGGACGGAAUGGACGUGCUGCAUCCCAUCGUUUUCCAAACAUUCAAGCAAUCAAAGUCAUCUGGCAAGAUCAACAUCUAACCAUCUAUUUCGAAGACCUCAAGCGCCAUCCAAAGCCAUGAUCUCCAUCCUCUCCCGCCUUUACACCUUCCUCCUCCUCCUCGCCCUCCUCACCCUCCUCCACGCCCCACCCACCUCCUCCGCCCCCUCCCUUACCAUCCGCCGCAUCACCCGCCGCCAAUCCUCAGGCAGCGGCAGCGCAACCGUCUCCGGUCACCGCACCGACGACAAUUCCCCCCCGACGUCCACCAAGUGCACCAUCGGCGCCGACCCCUCCAUCAAAAAACCCACCUACGGCAACUGCACGACCGCGCACAAGUCUCAACUCGCCGACUGUGACUCAUCCGACUCCUCCUGCACCGACGCCGCCACUCAACGCCUCGAGAACUGCGGGCUCCUGUGCACAACCACCGACGAAGCCGUCACAAAAUGUGCCAAGCAGUGCGAAAAGAUCUGGGAGCGGUUUGAGAAAUAUGUGUGUAAACCCAUCUUGGGCUCCAAGGAUGGCGGGAAGGGACCGCAUGGUGCUUGUCAGAAUUCGAAUUGGGAGCAGUUGGGGGCUUGUCAGGAUAUCUGUGUAAAGUUCCAUGCGGGGUUGGGAAACGUCACGGGGUCGGCGGGGAGUGGAAGUGGAAACGGCAGCGGCUAGGAAGGAUCGAGUCGGAUGGCGGAUGGCACCGUCGAUGCGUCGUGCCGGUUUCCUCAUUGCAGGAUCCGAGCCCGUCCCCGCUUUGCGAGACCUUCUCAUUCCGGCUCUCGAUUCCCCCCAACCCAGAGUCAUCCAACUUGUAGUUGUCCAUGUCGUGUAAAUCACAGCAUCUGUCCAUGUUGUAACUUAUUCCAUGUAUGUUGUCAUCUAAGAAAAAAUAGUCAUCUCCGUUGUAUGCCUCC